ACAAGACCCAAAUGACAAUGAUGAUGGUGCCGCACUGGGGGCCCUGUCAUCUGUUCAAGUAACAACACCAAAUGUAGAUCCGGCAGCUCAGUUCUCUGAAGCAGCUACUCCUGCAUCUAGUUGUACUCAAGAACCGGCCGCUCCGACUCAACAGUCGAACGGGGGAUCAGGUGAAGAAGAUCAUCAAAGCAGCGGUCAGGGGGAGGCAGUAGCAGCCGACCAGCAAAGUGCAGAUGAAGUAUCAGAACAGCAAAAUGCACUGCCAGAACAGCGGCAAAAUUCUGCAGUAUCCGACAAUCAGCCAGCUCCGUCGGUAUCAGAAUCUGUGAGGAAUCCUGUCACACCGGAACUUACCGUGUCUUC